UCACCCGUGGACUGGCAGAUGAGUCCUAUGUCUUGCACCGUCUUCAAUGAGCUUCGCAUGGAAGGGAAACUCUGUGAUGUGACCAUCAGCAUGAAUGGUGUUGAAUUCAAUGCUCACAAGAUCAUCCUCUGUAGCUGCAGUCCCUAUUUCAGGGUUUUGUUUACCAGCGGCUGGAACAACGCAGAGAAGAGUGUAUAUCGAAUCCAUGGCACUUCCCCUGAAAUGAUGAGGCUCAUCAUCGAGUACGCCUACACCAGGACAGUACCAAUCACGGCUGACAAUGUUGAAAAUUUGCUAACCGCAGCAGACCAGUUCAAUGUCAUGGGCAUCGUCAGGCUCUGCUGUGAGUUCUUAAAAUCCCAGCUAUGCUUGGAAAAUUGUGUCGGCAUCUGGAGACUCACAGGUUAUUACUACUGUCCUGACCUGCGAGAAGCGGCGCAGGUGUUCAUCCUCCAUCACUUUGUGGAGAUGACCAAGGUGUCUACAGAGUUCCUAGACCUCUCUGUCAAUGACCUAGAGCACAUUAUUGAGAAGGAUGAGCUCAACGUGACACAGGAAGAUGCUGUGUUCGAAGCUAUUCUGCAGUGGAUUGCUCAUGACCUGCGGAGCAGGAGGCAGCACAUCGCAGUCUUGCUGGGCAAGGUUCGACUGGCACUGAUGCAAGCAGAAUACUUAAUGAACAAUGUCAAAAUGCAUGAUUAUGUGAAGGACAACGAGGAGUGCAAAGCUCUCAUCAGAAACGCACAGACGGAAAUGUACAACCUCAAUAUGCAUGGCCCAACCUAUUCCGAUUUUGCCAACCCGCUCAGUCGGCCGCGCCUGCCCUAUGCCAUCUUGUUUGCUAUCGGAGGCUGGAGUGGGGGUAGCCCGACCAACGCCGUUGAGACAUACGAUGCCCGUGCAGACCAGUGGGUGAACGUCACAUGUGAGCAAGAAAGCCCCCUUGCCUAUCACGGCACUGCUUAUUUAAAAGGCUUUGUCUACGUUAUUGGAGGAUUUAAUGGCAUGGAUCAUCUGAGCAGCGUGAAGCGGUUAGACCCACUAAAGAAAACAUGGCAGCAGGUUGCACCCAUGCACUCGCGGCGCUGCUAUGUCAGCGUUGCUGUUCUCAACAACUUCAUCUACGCCCUGGGGGGGUUUGAUGGACACGUGCGCCUCGACACAGCAGAACGGUAUGAGCCAGAGACGAACCAGUGGACACUGAUCGCCCCCAUGCAUGAGCAGAGAAGUGAUGCUAACGCGACCACGCUGCAUGAAAAGGUGUAUAUAUGUGGUGGGUUCAACGGACAUGAAGGCUUGAUCACAGCUGAAGUGUAUGAUGCCACAACAAAUCAAUGGACGGUUACCGCCCCAAUGAGAAGCAGAAGAAGCGGAGUGGGUGUGAUUGCGUAUGGAAACAAAGUGUAUGCGGUAGGAGGGUUUGAUGGGGUCAGUCGACUUCGGAGCGUGGAAGCUUACAACCCUGUGGCCAACACAUGGCGCACAGUCCGCAGCAUGUUCAGUCAUCGCAGCAACUUUGGCAUUGCAGUGGUGGAUGAUCUUUUGUUCGUGGUUGGUGGCUAUAACGGUUCCACUACUACUUUCAGUGCUGAGUGUUACGAUGAAAACACCAACGAGUGGCAUGAUGUUGAUGACAUGGGCAUACACCGUAGUGCUCUGAGCUGCUGUGUGGUGCCAGGUCUAUCUAAUGUCCGGGAGUACGCUGCCAGGCGAGACCGCCGCAGGGACAACUCUUAG